GGCUUGUCAGGGGCCCGGGCGGCGGCGAACGACUUCCGGCAAUAUUGCCUUUGCGACGCCGUCUGCUACGCCCAGGUCGUUGUGUUUCAGGCGGGUUCCACAGGUGAGGAGGGGUCCGCGGCGGCUCCGGGAGAGGAGGCGGCCACGGGAGAACAAUGCCAUUUCUGGGGCAGGACUGGAGAUCUCCAGGUUGGAGUUGGAUUAAAACCGAAGAUGGCUGGAAAAGAUGUGACGCCUUUAGUCAGGAGCUUGAGAGAGAGAACAGCCAGUGCACUGUCACUCGUGACCUUAUCUUAAAUAGUGAGGAUGAAGAAAUAUACAGUAAUGAAGAGUGUGAAUAUGCAUCCAAAAAAAGGAAAAAGGACCAUUUCAGAAAUAACACAAAUGCCCAAAGUUUUUAUCGUGAAAAAUGGAUCUAUGUCCAUAAAGAAAGCACAAGAGAAAGGCAUGGCUAUUGUACCUUGGGAGAAGCCUUUAACCGGCUGGACUUUUCAAGUGCGAUUCAGGAUAUCCGAAGAUUCACUUAUGUGGUCAAACUACUGCAGCUAAUUGCAAAAUCCCAGUUAACUUCAUUGAGUGGUGUGGCACAGAAGAAUUACUUCAACGUUUUGGAUAAAAUUGUUCAAAAGGUUCUUGAUGACCACCAGAAUCCACGCCUGAUCAAAGAUCUUCUGCAAGACCUGAGCUCUACCCUUUGUAUCCUUAUCAGAGGGGUAGGGAAGUCGGUGCUAGUAGGGAACAUCAAUAUUUGGAUUUGCCGCUUGGAAACUGUUCUUGGCUGGCAGCAACAGCUACAGAAUCUUCAGAUGACUAAGCACGUGAACAGUGGCCUCACCCUCAGUGACCUGCCCCUGCAUAUGCUGAACAACAUCCUGUACCGCUUCUCAGAUGGGUGGGACAUAGUCACUCUGGGCCAGGUGACACCCACCUUAUAUGUGCUCAGUGAGGACAGGCAGCUGUGGAAGAAGCUGUGUCAGUACCACUUUGCCGAGCAGCAGUUUUGUAGACAUUUGAUCCUUUCAGAAAAUGGUCAUAUUGAAUGGAAGCUGAUGUACUUUGCACUUCAGAAAUAUUAUCCAACUAAAGAACAGUAUGGAGAUACCUUACAUUUUUGUCGUCACUGCAGCAUUCUUUUUUGGAAGGACUACCACCUCGCAUGGUUAUUCAAGGACUCCGGACACCCUUGUACUGCAGCUGACCCAGACAGCUGCUUCACUCCCGUGUCUCCACAACACUUCAUUGAUCUUUUCAAGUUUUAAGGACAGUCCUCACCCCUGCUGCACAUUGUGCUUUCUGUGUGGUAGCUGGUAAUAGAUGUUUCCUGGGACCAAAAGCUACAGUGGAGUCUGUGAGGCCCUCACUUCCUGACAGAACGUGAGAAACUGCCCCUCAUCUGCCCUGUAGGAGGAAGGCGCUGUUGUACAUUUCCAUCUCUGAAGGAGUCAGGAAACCCAAGCAAAUCAUUUCUGUUUCUUUCUUUAAAUCUUAUCUUCUAAGCACAUUAAAAUUUGUAAUUUUAUAUAUUUGCAAAUACAGAUAAGAGAUUUUGGAUUUUCAGCCCUACAUUCUGUGUUGGAACUGACGCAGCCAACCAAGAAUAUGCUUCAUAGUUGUCAAAUUACAGUUUUCCAUCUUAUAGUAAUGGGGGUACAAAAUAGAACAAGUGAUCCUUGUAAAUACAUUGGGCAGAAUAUUUAUUUUUCUCAAAAUGUGAUUUCACAACUGCAGUGGCUAUACCCAUAUGAGUCCUCCUCGGGAGCAAGGUGCACCUCAGGAAGAACUGGGUGUUUUCACCUUGGUGUUAACUCCCUGGGCUGUGAACUGUGACAACUGUCUGUAGCUGACAACUGUUGGUCUCUGCUGCUGGGCACCCCUACGGCCAAGACCAACUCCCAGAUGGAGCCUCUGCUGAGGAGGGGCGGGACAGCCCAGUGAGGCCCGCCCCAGACUUGGGUACAGGCUGCUUCCAGAGGCAAGUAACAAACCACGUCUGUCUGUUGAUUCUGCUUAGCAUGUCUCGCAUCUCACUGAGAAAAUUGGUAUUGGUUUUGAUAUCAUUUAAGCCUUCAAAAGAUUGUCUUAAUUUUUAAAUAAUGCAUGUCCACUUUAGAAAGUCUUGAAAAUAAAGGUAUACCAAAAAAUUAAAAUCACCCAUAAUUUCACCAUGCAAAGAUAACUUGUGCUUGCUAAAAAUGAGAAAUUGCCCCUCAGCAUUUGUACUGUAAAUAUUUUUCACGGAAUACUUCAUCUUGGAAUGGAUUAGGUUGCCUAACAUAUUGUUUUAAAACCUUCUAAACAUAUUAGAAUUUUUAAGUUUGCCAGUUUGUAAAUGUAAAUCAAAAAAGACCCUGGAUUUUCAUCCCCAGCUUUCGUACUAACAGACACCAGUGCCUAAGAAUUACAACUUCCCUCGUGUGCAGCACAGACGCCCAGGCUUCUGUGUGAAUCCUGGAGUAAGUUCCUCAGAAACCAUAAACAUCCUGUCUGCUGAUUUACAACCAGGAUUGUCUUCCUGCAGCUUACAUGUGACUUGGAAACAGUUUUCAUAGGCUGCAGCUCACAGGAUGGUGGAUCCACAUCUGACGUGUUGUGAAUAUUGGUGACUGAGAGGCACCAUUGCACACCCGUUCUGUGGCACCACAGUGAUAGCUCACAUCUAUUAUGGCUUCCAGUGUGCAUUUCUAGAUUGUCAGCCUUUCUGAAAGGAAGAAUAUUGUGUGUCCAUUUUCUGCAGCGUGAAUACACGUUUCAUGGUAUUCUUCAUCUUUGAGUGGGUUGGAUUUCCUAAAACUUUUCUUCUAAACAUAUUCAAAUUUGUAAGUCUGCCUGUUUGUAAAUGUGGAUCAAAAAAUAUUCUGGAUUUCAUCCCCUCCUUUAUACUGAACAUGUAUACAGCAUGUUGGUGCUUUUUCAAUAACUGAAGGCUUAUUUUUCUUAGGAGGUGGGGCAUUUCCUCUGCACACGUAUAUAUUGCAAGGUAGGACGUUUCAUAUGUGUAUUUGUUGGCUACUUGUGUUUUCUGUGUGCUCUUUGCCCGUCUUCUGGUAUGUUGUCUCCUUCAUAUUCAUUGCUUCUUAAAAGGAUAUUAACCUCUUCAAGUUACAGUUCUUUUCACCAUUGGGUCAUGACCUCGUAACUGUUAUGAUGCUAUUUGUGCUGUGGAAUCACACAUAUCCACAUUUAAAUUGUAUAAAUUGAACAAUUCCUCUCAUAAAAAUAACCACACUAAACCCCUUAGCCAUUAGGGAAAACACUUUUAGCUGUUAGGGAAACAUAAAUCAAAACUACAUUAAGAUUCCAUCUCAUGGCUGUCAUCAAGAAUACAAUCAAGAACAAUAAAUGCUGGCAAGGAUGCAGAGAGAAAGGCACACUUCUGUGCGGCUGGUGGGAAUAUAAAUUAGUACAGCUACUAUGGAAAUCAGUAGGGAGGCACUUCAGAAAACUAAAAAUAGAGCUGCCAAGUGACCCAGCUAUACCCUCGUUGGAAUAUAACUGAAGGAAUUAAAAUCAGCAUGCUAUGAGGAUACCUGCAUAUCCAUAUUUAGUGCAGCACAACUCACAACAGCAAAGACAUGUGCCUGCCUAGGUGCCCAUUAAUGGAUGAAUGCGUCAAGGAAAUAUGGUGUGUGUAUAUAUAUAUAUAUACACACACACACACACACACACACACACACAAUGGAAUACUGUUCAUCUGUGAAGAAUGAAACUGUCUUUUGCAGGAAAAUGAAAGGGGAGAUUGUCCUGUUAAAAUAAGCCAGACUCGGACAAGUACUACAUUUUUCUUAAUAUGUGGAAUCAAAAAAGCCAUACUGAGUGUGUAGGGAGGACCCAGCCACUCCUCUCUGUGCGCACAGGGUUGGGGGAGUGACCCCUACCUGCAGUGUGCACUGGUACAGCCCCACAGGAGAGCAGAGGACACAGCAGGCACCACUCGCCCAUGUCACUGGCAGGAGGCUGAAGAGUCAGAGGGCAGAGACAAGGAAGGCAGAGAUAAGGAAGGCAGUGCUGAGGUGAUGGUUGCCUACAGAUGCAUUUGAAGGGUACUUGAGAACACAGGUUCUGUUAGAGGGCCUCAAAAAGGAGGUUCCACCCCCACUGGAUAGACUCACCCAUGACUUGUAUGUGCAGUGAAGUGAGCAUUCAGGACCCCAAGAGCCCAUGGCCAGAAGGGUCUACUUACAGCUGAUGUCUGUGUCGACACCCAGUUGCAACUUCCCUUUGCCAAUUUUAAGAUUCAGAAAGAUUCAUUUCACACCUAAUUAUGAAUACAUGUGAGACAGAAAGGGCCAAGUGUCUGGCUCUCUACAGCAGGCAGGGUGAGCCUAACAGCAUGCUGUCUGCCUUCUGUGUGUACUCAAGACUGUUCAGGUCUUACACAUAAACUGGUCUGCUUCACAACCAUGUUUAACAGCCUGACUGCAUAAUUUUUGCCUAAAAUGCUUUUAGAAUCAAACUUACAUAAGCUUAAGGUAUUUUAAUCUUGUAUCCUGUAAUCUUGCUAAAUAUUUCUGUACAAUCCUUAGGAUUUGCUAUACACAAAAUCAUGUCAUCUGCAAACAGACAUGAUUUUAUUUACUGCUGUCCAACUGGAUACCUUGUUUUUCUCUUUGAUUUGUGGUUGUUUUUGGUCUUUUGAGACCAGGUCUCCCUAUGUAGUUUG